UGGCUGGACGGGAGCAAGGCUCUGAGCAGCCACCACAGCGCUUCCCCCUGGAACCUCAGCCCUUUCUCCAAGACAUCCAUCCAUCACAGCUCACCGGGACCCCUUUCCGUCUCCCCCCCCGCCUCCUCUUCCACUUUAUCCGCCGGUCACUCCAGCCCGCACCUUUUCACCUUCCCACCGACCCCUCCUAAAGAUGUGUCCCCGGAUCCGUCCAUCUCCACCCCCGGCUCCACCGGCUCCACCCGGCAGGACGAGAAGGAAUGCAUCAAAUACCAGGUGUCCCUGGCCGACACCACCAUGAAGCUGGAGUCCUCUCACUCUCGGAGCAGCAUGGCCUCUUUAGGAGGAGCCACCUCCUCCGCUCACCACCCCAUCACUACCUACCCACCGUAUGUCCCAGAAUAUGGCUCUGGACUUUUCCCCCCCAGUAGCCUCUUAGGAGGAUCGCCGACGGGGUUCGGGUGUAAAUCGCGACCGAAAGCACGGUCAAGCACAGAAGGCAGGGAGUGUGUAAAUUGUGGGGCUACCUCAACCCCUCUGUGGAGAAGAGACGGCACCGGGCACUAUUUGUGUAACGCCUGCGGACUGUAUCACAAAAUGAAUGGGCAGAACCGGCCCCUGAUCAAACCCAAGAGAAGGCUGUCCGCAGCCAGGAGAGCGGGCACGUCCUGCGCGAACUGUCAGACCACCACUACCACCCUGUGGAGGAGAAAUGCCAACGGCGAUCCCGUGUGUAACGCCUGCGGGCUCUACUACAAGCUGCACAAUAUUAACAGACCCCUGACCAUGAAGAAAGAAGGAAUCCAGACCAGAAACCGAAAAAUGUCUAGCAAAUCCAAAAAGUGCAAAAAGGUCCAUGACAACCUUGAAGACUUUCCCAAGAGCAGCUCCUUUAACCCUGCUGCCCUCUCCAGACACAUGUCCUCCAUCAGCCACAUUUCACCUUUCAGUCACUCCAGCCACAUGCUGACCACACCGACACCAAUGCAUCCUCCAUCCAGCCUCUCCUUCGGACCUCACCACCCUUCCAGUAUGGUCACUGCCAUGGGUUAGCAAGAGACUCCCCUGCUGAAUGCUUACGGUCUCAAAAUGAGAUUUACUUUAUAUACUUGCAUUUUUGCAGGCAUGUGGUUAUGGGUCUGACGUCCCGAAUCAAAUGGGAGGGGGAAAAA